AUGGAUACUGCAAGCCCAAUUUCUUCCUCUUCACCUACACACGCACCUGCCUCCGGAACAGCACCCACCAAGUCUCCCUCCGGCUUGUCUUAUACUUCUUCCGGUGCCUCCCCUCCACUCUCUUCUACUCACCAUCCAUCCUGCCCUACCUCACCUAAUCCCAUCACUGCUACUCCUUCAUCUUCUCCUUCUCAUCAACAAUCCACACUAGUCGAUAUUUCAUCUCACAUCGACUUACAGUGUAUCCCCACUUCUUCUUCUCUUCCCAAUCAGACACAUAAAAUGGAACGUAACCCAUUCCAGUCCGUCAACGAACGCAGAAACAAGCUGGCCAUGGAUCAGAAUACCGCUACUGGCAACCAGAUCCAGCAGCAAACCCAGCAGUCCCCUUCGCAGGCACACUUCCCAUCUCAAACCUUGCGAUCUAACAUGCAGCAGCUAGCCAUCUCCCCACGAGGCCCCGCCUCUUCUAACUGGCGUUCCCAGGGCGCCACCGACGACCAAGCUUACGCUUCUUCCUCUCGCGGCAGCAGUGGCGAGUACGCUCCAUUCGACAACAUGACUGCUCCCCUCUCCCACCCAUCUACCAUCCUGCGACAGCAAUCUCAGCAAACCUCUUCCUACAUUAGUCCUCGUGCUGAGCACUUCCCGCAGCACCAACUAGAUUUCAUGUCCGCCUCUACUAACCACAACGCCGGCCCCGCUGCAGUUUCGGGCAUGGGCGCUGGUACCGGUCCGGGUAUGAACACGGGAAUGAGCACGGGCGAAGGUGCGACCGCUGCGACAGCCGGAUCGUUCUUUCCUCAGGUGCAUCCAGAUGGCAUUUACGCAUACUGUUUCGAUCGUGGCAACGGCCAAUACACGCGUCUGAUCCCGGCCGACAUGCUACCCCCACUUAAGGACGUUCCUGCCUUGCAACCAGGCUGUGCCGGAAUGAUGGUGUUGCCGCUUCCGCGAGGACUGCCUCAGAACGGACGUUCCAGCAAUACCGAGAUGGUGAUUCUUAAGACUCCCAACACCCCGACUUCGCCUUCGGACACUAUUCAGAACCGCAUCGACACAAUCGUCGCAUCCACGCCCCCCACCCCGCCCCACCACCAGUCCUCCCACUCCAUCUCAAGCGGCGGCAUCAACGGCACCACGGGCCCCAACGCCAGCGGUCCAGGAGGCCAAGGACCUCACCACAACCACGGCGCUCCGUACCCCACCACCGGCGCCGUUCAACAACCCUUCGACACCCCCAACCCCAACGGUAGCCACGGCGGACGCGCAACAUCAGGAGGCCAGGGAACUCACGGCGGCAGCGGGCACCACGGGCACGGAGCGGGCGGGCAGCAGCCGCAGCGGCGGCCGAAGGUGUACUGCGACAAGUGGGUGCACGAGGGCGUGUGCGCGUUCACGCAGCAGGGCUGCAAGUACAAGCACGAGAUGCCGUUCGAUAAGGUGACGCAGCACGCUCUGGGCUUGUUCCACGGCUUCCCUGCUUGGUGGAAGAAGCACCAGGCUGACCUGUCGCGACAGCGCGAGGGACCCGGUCCGGCGGUCUCGGCGUUGGGGUUGGGGUUGGGACUGGGGAUUGUGGGGGAGGGCGAGGGGAAGGGUGGUAGGUUUGGUGCGCGUGCAGGCGCGCUGCAGGGUGCUGCUGGUGGCGCUGGUCCUUCGUCUGCUGGCGUGGGCUUCGUUGAGGGGAAAGCCGAUCCGGCGGGAUUGGCUGCGAGCCCGACUACGCCUGGUUUACCGUCCUGGCGACGCGGUGGGGAGAACGCUUCUGUUGAGCAGAAGUCUUUGGGAACGGGUCGUGGUAUGGCUCGAAAUGUGGGAUCCGGUGUGAGAAACCCGUUAGUAUCGUACGGUUCUCCUUUUGGACCGAUUGCACCCCCUGCUCGCACUUUUGGCGCGGGACCAUCGGCAGCCGGAAACCCGUAUACGUCCCUCGAGUCUCUAGGCGAUAGCAACACGGGCGUCGACAAUGGCGAAGAGGAAGUUGCAGGCGAGACCACACGCUCUAGCGGAGCGCGUCUGAAUUAA